UCGAUUUUUGGUUCAGCUCUAACUCAACUUGCUGCUGCAAACGCGUUUUUUUUUGUUGUAAAAAACUAAAAUACAAGAAUUAGAAUUAGUUAACUUGCUCCUAGUGUUUAACCAAACAAAGUUUAGUUAGCUUUACGGUUAGUUUCCCGUGGCGAAGGCGGUUGGAAAUAGAGUAGUAGCAAUUGCAAAUAAUUACCAUUACCUCUCGGCCGCAAAGCAAAAAAAAGGAGAAGAGAACAAGAGGCGUGUGAGCGUGACGACGAGAGCAAGCGAGAGAGCAGAACCAAAUCGAACAGGACGGCACAGGAUCGAAUCGAAACUAAACUAUCUGCAGGGAAAAGAAAAAUUUAAGAGGCUUCGAUAUCGAAAACUUAUAUCCAAUUCAAAAUCCGACUGGCUGGGGAGCAAAUGUCAAAUUGCGGCGCAUAAAUACAUAAAUUGAAGCCCCCCGCACAAGUCAGGCUCAUCCAAAAUUAAAACACACACAAAGGCAGCAGUUGUCGCAACAGGAAAAAAGGAUUUGACACGAUGUACGCCGGAGCAUAUGCACCCAACGCCGGCGGCGUUCAGCAGCACACGGGCGGCGGUUACUAUGGUAAUGGUGCCGCCGCAGGAGCUGGCGGCGGCGGUAAUGGUGCCCCACGCCACGAGCGUCCCUUCUAUCCGCGCAACAAUUUCGCCGGCGCCGCCGGUGGAGCGGCCAUCAACGGAGCAGCCGGGGCCGCUGGUAGCAUGCACUUUGGCCAGCCGUACGGCGUGAUGGCCUACGGCAUCCAGAAUGGCCUGGGCAUGGGCGCCGCCGGUGCCGGUGGCGGUAAUCCGUAUCGCCAGCAAAACGGUGUGGCCUUCGCCGGCAAUGGCCUUGGCGGUGGUGGCGGCGCGGGCACCGGUGGAGCUGGCGGCAAUGGCGGCGGGUAUGGCGGACCGCGUGGCAAGAAUCCCAACUACGCACAGCGCUACCAAAAGCCGCACAACGGCGGCGGAGGAGGCGGUGGCUACCAGAGCAAUAACUACAAUGCCGCCGCCUUGGGCAUGCUGUCCAAGGAGGAGCGCGCCGAAAUUCAACGCGAAAAGGCCAAGAAUCCCGGCCGCAAUCUGGUCAAGCCCAAGUGGGAGAACCUGGAGCCAUUCCACAAGGACUUCUACCAAAUCCAUCCGAAUACGCUGGCCAAGACCGAGCAGCAGGUGGCUGAUAUACGCCGCGAAUUGGAGAUAACCGUGUCGGGCAACGAACUGCCCCAUCCGGUGGUCAGUUUCGAGGAGAGCUCGCUGCCCGCCCACGUCAUCGAGGAGAUGAAGCGUCAGGGAUUCACCAAGCCCACGGCCAUCCAGUCGCAGGGCUGGCCCAUUGCCCUGAGCGGACGCGAUUUGGUGGGCAUUGCCCAGACCGGCUCCGGCAAGACGCUGGCCUACAUGCUGCCGGCCAUUGUGCACAUUGGCAACCAGCCGCCCAUACUGCGCGGCGAGGGACCCAUUGCUUUGGUGCUGGCCCCCACCCGGGAGCUGGCCCAGCAGAUCCAGUCGGUCGUGCGGGACUAUGGCCACCUGUGCAAGCCCGAGAUCCGUCACACUUGCAUCUUUGGCGGCUCGUCGAAGGUGCCGCAGGCACGCGAUCUGGACCGCGGCGUUGAGGUGAUCAUCGCCACACCGGGACGCCUGAUUGACUUCCUCGAGAAUCGCAACACGAACUUGCAGCGAUGCACCUAUCUGGUGCUGGACGAGGCCGAUCGCAUGCUGGACAUGGGCUUCGAGCCGCAGAUCCGCAAGAUCAUCGAACAGAUUCGUCCCGACCGUCAGGUGGUCAUGUGGUCCGCCACCUGGCCCAAGGAGGUGCAGGCCCUUGCCGGCGACUUCCUAAACGAUUACAUCCAAAUUAACAUUGGCUCGAUGAGCCUGUCGGCCAACCACAACAUCCGCCAAAUCGUCGAGAUCUGCACCGAAAUGGAGAAGCCGCAGCGCAUGGUGCGCCUGCUCAAGGAGAUCACUCCCACCAACAACUCGGCCAACAACGGCAACAAGAUCAUCAUAUUUGUGGAAACCAAAAUUAAGGUGGAAGACAUUUUGCAGAUCAUCCGUACCGAGGGCUACACCGCCACCUCGAUUCACGGGGACAAGACCCAGAACGAGCGCGAUUCGGUGCUGAAGGACUUCCGCAAUGGCAAGUCCAACAUUCUGAUCGCCACCGAUGUGGCCUCACGCGGCCUCGACGUGGAGGAUCUGCAGUACGUGAUCAACUAUGAUUACCCGAACUCCUCGGAGAACUAUGUGCAUCGGAUCGGACGCACUGGACGCUGCCAGCAGCUGGGCACUGCCUACACCUUCUUCACGCCCGACAAUGCCAAGCAGGCGCGUGAGCUGAUCUCGGUGCUGGAGGAGGCCGGCCAGACGCCGUCGCAGGCGCUCCUGGAUCUGGCUCGCUCGAUGCCCAGCUCGGGCGGCUAUCGCGGCAACAAGCGUUGGAACAACAACGCUGGCGGUGAUCGCAACACUGGCGGCCACAACGGUGUCUAUCAGCAGCGCAACAGCAAUCCGCUCAACUAUCAGGCGGGCAACAGCUAUAACAACAAUCGUGGCGGCCCGCCCACUGGCGGUGGCUACCAGCAGUAUGCCGCUGGCGGCAGUAGCUAUCAGCAGAAUGGAGCCGGCAACGGCGGCAACUGGAACCGCAUGAAUCAAAUGGCAGGACAGGAUGGCGGCCAGCAGCAGCAGCAGCAGCAACGAAACGGAAAUACCUAUCGCCCGCGGGCCCCGUUCAACAAUGGCGGCCCACGUGCCAUAAUGGGACACCAGGGCGGCGGCGGCGGCGGCGGAGCAGGUGGCGUGGGCGGAACAGCCGGCGUAGGCGGUGGCCCCCAGCCGCAUAUGGCACCGCAGCAAGGCGGCCAGUACAUGCCGCAGGCAUACCGCGGCCGUGGACAGUUUGUGCCGCAGGGAGCCGGUGCCGGUGGCAUGCCGCCACGUUUCCAGCAGUAUCCGAAGCGGGAGUACCAGCAACAGGGAGUGCCCCACUACGGCCAGCAGGCGGUGCAGCAUCAGCAACAACAACAGCAGCAGCAGCAGCAGCAACAACAGGUUGGCCAGCAGCCCAAGGCGCCCAAGGAUGAUGGCAACAAGUAUGCCCCACCGCCGCCACCGGCUGCGGUGACCACCUCGCUGGUGCAUUACACGCCGGCCAAUUCGCCACCGAUUGCGGCCGUAGCUGCCGCUGCUGCAGCAGCCGCCGGACGGGCAGCAGCCGUGGCGCCGGCUCCCGGAGCCGCUUACAUGUACGAUGCGGCCGGGGUAUUGACCACGGCCGCGGCGCCGGGCACCAAUCCGUAUGCCAAUCAGUUCAGCAUGCCGGCCACCUACUAUGCCGCCCAGCAUCACCAGUUUGCCCCAGCUGUGGCUGGACCCGGACCAGGACCUGGACAGGCCAUCGAGCAGGCAGGACAUCAAUAAGUGGCAGGAUAGAGGACAGUGGAUCGUGGAUAGCUAAAACAACAGCAGCUUCAGCAACAACAACAACAACACCAACACCAACGACAUGGACAAACAAUCAUCAAUUCAUGACGACAGUUAUAAAAUCCAAAUGCAUAUGAGAAAUGAUAGUAAGAAAGAAAGGAUAUAUAAUUUGCCAGUAUAUAGGAGCAAAGAAACUCCCUAAAUUCAAAGACAAAAACUUGCUUAUUUGUUCGUAUUUUUAUUUUCUCUCCACUAACUAUUAUUAGUGUUUUUUGUGUUCUCCUUCGCUUAUCCAAGCAUUCGCAGCUUGUGUUUGCGAUACAUUUCAUUUGUUACUAUUGUUCUUUGGGCAAGCAGCCGCAAACAUCAAAAACCAGGGCCAUAGCAUGGAUCAUCGCCCCAAAAAAAAAACUCCCCCUUCAUGUUUUCCGAAUAAGGUAAAACGAAACAUAUUACGUGAACAUCGCGAAAGUCAAAAUUUAAAGUAGUUUUUAAGCUGACAGUUGCAUGUUCUUCGAAUGUUUAAAAAGAAUUAAGUAGGGUUUAUUUUUAUUUCUUUUUCGCCACGCAAAAUCAAGCGAAACUUAAAACUAGAGACAAACAGACACUGUUAGUUAAGUUAAAUAUAUAUAUAUAUAUAUAUUUAUUUAUAUGUAUAUAUAUAUAUAUAUUAUUCAUGUGUAUUUAUCGGUACACGAAGCUAAGAACACAAAAAAAAAAAAAAAAAAAAAAACGAGCACGCAACCAAAAAAAAAAAAAUUGAAUUCGAAAAUUUGUUAAAACUAAAGGGAUCGAAAAACCCUUUUCACUAACUUGGUUGGUAUGAAAUGAACGGUUUGCUUAUAAUAACACACAUUUAAAUACAUGUUUAAUUGUUUUAUAUACAAUACAUCCGAGCGAAAUUUACAACAAACAAUUACAACAAAGGGAAAACUGACAAAAUUCUAUACAAAUUCCAUUUAAGAAAUCGCAGCUUACGGUUGAGAUUAUAGUUCACCUUUAUUUUGGCCAACUCCAAAAUAGUAGAAAAGGGAAUGGGCAGCGCUGCUUUGGUAGGAAGUAUGUAAAAGAAAAAAAACCUAACAAUAUACAAUCGAUAAUAAUAUAAAAACAAUCGAAGCAAUGGGAGAACACUCACACAGCCACAUGGAACCCACACAAGCACACGCACACACACACACCCACACAACAAAACACACCACGAACACCACAAGGACAAGCAAAUUUACAGUUUUCAUUUAAUUUCCCAUUUUGAUGCAUAUAUGUGUGUAAUCUAUAUGGAUAUGAUUUUUAAUGGAGAUUAAAACAAAAACUCAUUUUGUUUAAGACACUUUAUAGAAUUUGAUAAUAAUAUCCCCCUAACACAACAUUCGCAUAAAUUAACGAGGUUUUUUCAAAAGUUCUAUGCAAAUACUUGAAAAAAAAAGGAAAUUACAAUUACAUUUUCAAUUAUUCCAAGACCAAAGAACAGAAAGCAGUUGAAAAGAAAAGAAACGAAAGCGAACAAAAAAGAAAAGACGCCACAUUCAUCCAUAAAAACAAGUAAAGCGAACACGAAACAAGAGGAAUAGAAGGAAGAACACAAAAGAAUGUUAGAAGAUCGAAUAAUGCCAAGCAAUGCCACACGAAAAUAAUGAUAAUAAUAAUACAGCAAACAUAUUGCAUACUUCUGACUAUUCCAGAAAGCUCUUUUCCGUUUCCCCAUGUGUUACAUUUUUUUUUAUUUUUGGUUCUUAUUUUAUUUAGUUGUCCUAGUUUUUCUCUUCCGAAUACUUUUGGCCAAAGUUCAGUACGAGUUAAUAAGUAGUAGUAACAUUAAUUGGCAGCUCCAGUUAUAUAGUUAGCAGUAAUAUAUCCAUAUAUCGUCUGUCCAACCCAAGCAGUUGUCCAUGUUGUUGCAAGCAGUGUGUUGUCCUUCGCCAUGGGAAAGCAGUACAAAAAGCUGAAGAAUUUUGGGAAGACGUAACGGACACAAGGGAAUUAUUCUACAGAGGAAAUGUGUGAGAACACAAAGCAAAUAGAUGAAAAUCAUGUAGAUUAUAUUAUAUAUAUAUUUGUUAGCCGAUCGGGGGAGUGAAAGGAACCAUUCUAUUAAUUUUUUUUGUAUAAGUUUUCUACGUGUACGGUUUUUUUUUUUUUAGCAAAUAAAAAUCUGGAAAAACAAAAGGGAACAUUUUUAUACGGUAUAUCGUAUCUCAUUUUAAAGCAAAAGGGGGAAAGAAAGCCCGUUAAUUGAUACAGAAGAAAGUCCUUUUUAGUUCAUUUCAUAUUUGGGUUUUUUUUUGGGGUUUUUAGAUUUGUCAAACAUUUUGAAAAUCAUUGGAGACGACGGGAACGGGGAACUACAACUAAAUAUUAUUAUUUUUUGUAUGUACUCUAGGCGUAUACGCAAAGUUACAAAGUGAACAAAAGGUUUUAUUUUAAUAAUUUCCUACUUCUUAAUUAUGAUUUCGAUGCAACCGAAUUGUGAUGAUGUGAUAGACUUAUAUAAACAAACGAAAAUACAAAAAUACUAAUUAAUAACCAAUUUAAAUGAAGUAACCGCUAGGCCCCCAAAAAGGCCAGGCCAAAAAAACUGAAAACUGAAACUGAAGCAGAGGCAGCUGAAACUGAAGCUGAAAUCAGUAUCUGAACCAGAAGAGAAAUAUGAAUAUAUGUUAUGUAUUUGUAUUAUUGUCGUUGUCGUUGUCGCUUAUAGACAAUGUCUGAUGGCUACAAUAUAAUGUAUUAUGGAUGACUUGAGGCAUACAUUCUUUUUUUGAAGAAAUAAAACUAUAGAGCGCGAUAUUUGUAUUGUAUUUAUCUAUAAGUUGUUGUGUACACACUGCGAAAAACAAACAAACCAAACAACAAACUAAAAAAAAAAAAAAGCAAAAAAACACGGAAACACAAAACCAAAACAAAACGAAAAAACGAGAAAAAAAAAGCAAAAGAAGUUGAAACUGAUAAAAUUUAAGAGUAACUGAUACCGAAAGUCCCGAAAAAAUAAGGGGAAAGCGGCGAUUUGUUGCCCCCUUCAAUUUUUUGAGGCAUAUCCUUUGUUUAAGUCCUGAUUGAUCGCUCUAUUUCUGUCUCUCUCUCUUUCUCUCUCAGCCCCCUUUUCACCCCUAUACGAUAUAUUUCUCGCUCGCAGUCUCUUUAAAACGAUAGAUUUAAAACGAUAGAAAUUCGCGUAUACAUAUAUUUUUGAAAGUAUAGAAUUGCAACUUUUGAAAAAAUGCAACCAAAAAUAAAGACGAAAGACUAAAGCCAAAAACAAAAUGAAUUCAAUUGUUUGAAGCAAGAACAAGAAAAUAACGGAGAAAACGCAACGAAGUGCCGUUAUUUCGAUAGUUUGUAUAGCUGUUUUUUUUUUUUCUGUUCGUUUACUUAGAACUAAAAAUCGUUUACACACACACCCACAAACACAUACGCGUUUUUGGUUUAGUUUUUGUUUUUGAGUUUGUUUUACUUUUUUUUUUUUGUUUUUCGUUUUAAGUUUUCGUUGGUAAACCAAAAUAUAUAUAUGUGUAUGUAUGGGCAUACAUAUGUAUCUAUGUCGUAGGCGAUAAAGUGAAUGCAUUUAACGUUACAGUGCAACGCGCACAAGUGCCAAAAAUGCAGCAAAAAAAUACACCCGCACACACCCACGCACUCUCACACACACACAUACAACAAACACAAACACACACAAAUACACAUCGAAACAUACAAAAAUUUCUUAUAGAUGAUACAAACACAAACGAACAUACAACAUAUUUACAGUGGGCAAAAAAAAAAGUUUAAAGUGGACUUUAAAGUGUUCGUAUGGUCCACUGUACAUACAUACAAGACCUACAAAAAACAAGCAUACUCUUAAGCGCCAAUAUUAGGAGCGGCUUUUGGGGGUUCUAAAACCAUUAAACACCAAACUUGUUGGGCAAAAACAUUUAGAAGCAGCAGUCAGAUCGUAAGUUAUAAGCUAAAUUUGCCAUCGGCAGACGACGGAACUAACUUAAAGAUAAUAAAAAAAAGUUUAAACCAAAACCCAUUGUGAUAACAGCUGCGUAAAUGAAACACGUUAGAACCUUACUUGUAUUUCGAUUGCAAUUCGAUAAAACGGGGAUCCCCCACUAAGUCCUAAAUAAUACAAAUUCAAUCAAAAGCAAGCAAGCCAACAAUUUAUCCAAACUAGUUUUUAAACAAAUACAAAACUCACCCAGCCGCACAUACACACGUAUUUUAUUGAUUUAAAAAAAGGAGAAAAACUUUUCUUGAUUUUCAUUUGUUGUGUUGAUCAAUGCAAAUUUUAGCGAAAAAAAGAAAACCAGAAAACUCAAAUGCAAAUUCUUAGCCAUUUCGAAGGAGCGUGCAUUUAAACAUUUAAAACAUUACAUUAUAUAUAUAUAUAUACACUUGCAUAUAUUCAAAGCAAACCAUUUGAAUAAAUUCUAAAUAUUACUAUAAAUCACUAACACAAAAUGCAACUGAGGAAUCAGACGAUAUACAUAUAUACAAGCAUACAAGUUAAUGCUAAUAAACAAGAAGCCAAGCAAACGCGUUUGAAUGAAUGUUUGCAGCUUAAGCUAAGUUAGCACACACAAUAUUAUAUUAAUUAUAACAGAUCAAUAUAGGUAUGCAAUAUAAUGCAUAUAUUUAUAAUGCACCGCCUCCCCUUUUUCCGUCUCCAAAACAAAAGAAAAUCGGGACGGAAGAGGGCGAAAACUAACGGAAAAAUCUAAAUUGUAAUCAAUUUACCUAUCUUAGACUAGGUUAUACGAACCCAUAAACAUACCCCGUCCCCAUUUAGGAAUUGGACAACCAAAUUCCCACUCCCAUCACCCUAAAUCCCAAAUUGUUAAACACGAAAACCUAAAAAAAAAAACAUAAUUAUGAAAUAUGUAUGUAACGGAAAUCCUUACAAAAAACGGAAUAGAUAUCUUCUAUGUAAUAAAUAAACGACAACAAAAAUCACUUUUAAAUUAA